AUGCCGACAGGACUUGGCGGGCCGGGGCCGUAUUCAUCGGUUCGGCGCCUAGAGCAAGUGGUUGCUACGAGUGAGUCAAGUAGUUGGAGACUCGUCGUAAGCCUCCGCUCGACUACGUAUUGGCAUCGGAGGAUCAUGGAAGACCGAGGCUUUUCGACGUUGCGUUCCACAACCUCAAAAUCAGUUACAUGGUAUCCGUUGGGCACGCAUCCGAGUGAUCACUCAUGGUUCGUCAAGGUUCGGUUUUUUGGUACACAUUUUGCUUGGUACCACCUAAUACGGCAUCUUAAUCUCGUGGUCAUCCUGUCUCGACAACUCGUUUUACAGGAUUAG